AUGGAAGUCACCAAGACUGCGACCUUCGGCCUUGCGCCCGUGGCCAUCGAACCGCUGGCGAGCUUCUACCUGGCCGCUCUCACGGAAAUCCAACAAACCUACCACCGAUUGCCUGCCAUUGCUGAGCUGGAUUUAAGAUUUACCCCUGUUUCCGGUCAAUCCGAGACUAUUGGUGGAAGUCUUGUCUUCCCAUUUCUACUGUCCGCGACCGAACGCACCACUCUCGACCAAAGGAAGUCAGGCUUUGCCAACGUGGUUCAUGCCUUGUCGACCCAGACUUUGUUUGUCGGGAUGAACCUGGAAGUCAAGGUUGUUUUCAAGCUUUGA